ACAUACAGAUUCAGAGACCGUGCACUCCACGAGACCUCUGCAAACGAAAAAGAAAACUCCUCGUGUCCAACGUUGGCAGCGCGUGCUUGCAGCCCUCCGAGUAGCAUAUUCGUCCAAUAUUUACGAGAAUUUACGUGCACUUGUCGUUGUCAGAAUCUCUUUUUUCAGAAAUAAAUCUGAAAAUAAUAAUUUUCCUUCGAAAAUUUGAGGGAGAUAAACAAAUCUGGAAUUCUCGUCGAUCCAGCUUUCAAUCGAGGUAUUCGGCGUUCAGAUCGGAUAGCAGAAGCUUAAAUUCCUCUGCUUUACGUGGCCAGAAAAUUGAAAAAACAGCAUUUUUAACAGUUUAUAGCAGUGCUAUGAAUGAGCAGAAGGUUUUAAGGAUGGCUCUUUUGUUGCUAUUCGAGUUUUAAGGACUAUGUAAAAUUUGGCUUCAAUAUCUGAGCAAUGGAACUGUAGAACUGUAUGCAAGUCAAAUUCAACAAAAAUAUGCUGCCAGGGUUCCACCAGUCCGAACUUUGUCAGUCUUCAGGCGAGUUGCAUCAAUUGCAGGGGCAGCCAGAGGCAAGGCAUAAAAGACUGGGGGAUGUAAAGGAUCCAAUUGCUGCAAGGAAAGUCCAGAAGGCAGAUCGGGAGAAAUUAAGAAGAGAUCGUUUAAAUGAGCAGUUUGCAGAGUUGGGAACAGCACUUGAUCCUGAUCGACCUAAGAAUGAUAAAGCAACUGUACUGGGAGAUACCAUACAGAUAUUAAAGGAUUUGACUGCUGAAGUAAAACGCCUGAAAUGUGAAGAAAAAUCCCUGCUUGAAGAAUCUCGUGAUCUUACACAGGAGAAGAAUGAACUUAGAGAUGAAAAAACAGUAUUAAAGGCAGAAAUUGAUCAGCUGCGGAGUCAGUUUGAACAACGUGCACAAACAAUGUUCUCAUGGCCAGCUAUGGAUCCAACAUUGAUGGUAGGUGCACCCCCUUUUCCAUUUCCUAUGCCAAUCCCACAUCCAGGAUCAACUACAGUCAAUGAUUCACGCUCUGCGCCACUGCAAGGUCAUGCACAAGCUCCUCUCAUGCCUGCUCCUUUUGUUCCUGUACCCAUUCCUCCAGGAACCAUUCCUAUGCACCCACCUUUUCAAGCAUAUCCCUUCUUCGGACCCAGAAACAGUGAAGGAAGCAAUCCAUAUAUAGCAUUUCCGCCAUACUCUUCCCCAAUGAGUACACACACUCAUGUGGAAAGGCCUUCAGCACAGUAUCCUUCACCUAUUCAACCUCUACCAGGCUAUCUUGUACAACUACAACUCUCUCAGGGGAAUCGACCUGGUUUUGCUCAACCUCAGAGUACAAGUGGCGUAUCUCAAUCUAUUGAUGCACCAAUAUCUGCUCAAGCUUCAGAUGGAACUUCAGAAUAUAGUCAAGGAGAAAAGUCAGCUGCAAGCAAUAAGCCCAUUAAUCAUGUGAGCAAAAAUGGACAAAAGCCAUCUCCAAGUCACUCUGGUAGCAGAAGUGAUCACAUGGAUUCUAGGCAUUUAGAUUUACAACUAAAAAUUCAAGGUUCUGUUCCAAGUGAUUCUCAUCCUGAAUCUAAUCACUCAAGUCAUGGCUCAUUGGAACAUGAGCACAUAGAGGAGGCAUCAUCUGAAGUCAAGAAAGUCAGGAAUUCCUCACGUGAUAGAAGGCCCGUUCUCCUAGGUCUUCAACUUGUAGAAAAGUCUUGUUCGGGGCGUUCAUCUCCCUGUAAGUGUCUUGGUGAUGCCUCUUCUAGCAGCUAUGGAAGUGAACAUUCAAUUAAAAGUAAUAGCAGCCAGUCACCAACAAGGGAAAUGUAGCAUGCUACACACCAUUUGAUUAUGCAUGCAGAUAAGGUGCAUGAUGUAUGAUAUACCAGAUUUCCUUCUAGUUUUGCACCUCGAAGAACCAUACUCUAUUUAAUUGAGUAUCAUUCUUGACCUUAUAUUCAAAUAGCUUCUUCAUUGUCUGUCGAAUUCUGACAGUUCACGAUUGUCAAACAGCAUACGUGCCUGUGUAACAUCAAAUUUGAAAUUAUCAGAGAAGGUGGUUUUGUAUAUAACGGAACAGGUGAUGUAGCAGGCCGAUUAUCUUGUAAAGAAAAUUAUGGUGAAAUGCAAGCAGACACUCUGCAUUUCCCACAAAAUAUGGUAGUGCAGACAGUAAAUUUGUUCAUAUAAUUGGCACAAGUUCUAAUUUUGCCAGGAACUAACCAUUGCUGGUGAGCUUUUUCCACAUAGCAAAUGGAAUGCGCUUAUUCCGUAUCAAAAGUUUGCACCAAUGAUAUACACAAAUGUCAAUUUGACUUUUGGUCCGAAGGUAAUUAAUGUGUUCAACCGUGUGGGUUUUACAUACAACUCUGAAGCACUGUCAGAUUGUCAAUGUGUUUAGGCAGAGCAGAGCAGGAAAUUAAGUUGCGUUGGCUGAUUCAUUUCGCUUA